CUAGAAGAUGCAUCUGGCAAAGAAUGUAAAGCAUUGACGACACUAAAGAAUGGAGCAUAUAUAGUUGCACCAUGUCCGCAUGAUGGAAGUUGUCCUUUGGAUAACACUGGAAAAUAUUGUCAUUUUGUUCAACGCUUGCAGAGGACAACAUCACAACGUGCCUACAAGCGGUCGAAAGGUGAGCCUCUACGUGGCUUUGAAGAUGAAAAGUUUUGCUUUAUCGCUUUUAGACGAGGACAACGGCCAAGGGAGCCUUGGCCACUGGAUGGUAUGAAGUUUGAGACUUUGAAGGAGCAGCAUGCCAGAAGAAAUCCAGAGGAUUUAGAGAUUGACUAUGAGGACCAGUUCAUCUCAUCAGAAGAUGAGGAUGUUCAAGAUGAAGAUCCAAUCUCCUAUGAUUCCGAUGUUACAGAAACAGACGCCAUUACUGAAAAUGAUGAUUGGGAGGAAGAAGGCGAAGAAACAGCCCAUGCUAAUCUUGGUAGUGGUUGGGGAAGAAUCAUAUACAAUCCUCUAAGAAGGGGCAAGCGGGUUGAGAUGGAUAUUUGUCGAUCAAUGGAUCGAGAAGGCACUGAAGGCUCGUUUGACCGAAUUGUUAUUACAAAGAGCAAAAACCCAACAUUGCAUCAUCAGGCUCGAAGAUCAGUCUGGGGUGACUUAUGGCCCUUUUAGAUUUUGUUAGAAAAAUGGCCCUCGGGGCUUUGGUCAAGAAGUAAGAGCGCAGCGCAUGAUGUGUGAAUUAUGCGCACGUAGUGACAAAAACCUGAUAUUUAAAUGGAGAAAGUUUCCGGGACGGGCCAUGGUCCGCGGAUUAUCGAACUAUGGGCAACUGACCCUUGGUGAUUUAUCGGAUAUGAAAAAAAAUUUAUUAGAAAAAAUGUGAAAAGCAUAAAGUUGAGCAGAUUUCACGUGUGGGCAAAGGUACUGUAAUACAUGUAGUUUUUUCAUAGCUAACUAUUGCUUGAGGAAAGAAAAGUGAACCAGAUAGUUAUUCUGGUAAAGCAGAGGAUAAGAUUGAGCAGAGGUUUGCUCAAAUGGCACUUUGCUCAAGAAACAAUAAGUGAAGAUAUAAAUGUGAAUUCUGCACAAAUCAUUUUACCAUUUGCAUGUGAA